GUGCACCAGUGAGCAGAUGGUUCAUUGGACAGAAUGGCUCUACGAGAGGCAACACUUUUAGGAAUAAUUAUUGUAUUCUCAGGCCACAUUCACUCUGUGUUUACAGCUCAAAAUGUAUGUAAGACGUAUGGCAGCGGCAUCUUUUAUACAUUCAACAAAACUGCAUUUCAUCUGAAGACCACAUGUCCUGUAACGCUUACACGCUUCAGUCAUGCUGGAGUGGACUGUCAUAUCAUCGUCCAGCGUGGACCGAAUGGCCUGAUGGACAGAGUGGAGAUCAUUGUGAAUAAAGUCACGACCCUCGUUCACAAUAAUACUGUGACAGUGGAAGGCAGCAGAAUUUCCCUUCCAUACAACCACACCUAUCAGCACGUGUUUCAUUAUGGAAUCUAUACCAGGCGCCAAAGCAAAGUUUUGCCAUUGUCUGUCACAUGGUACAGUGUAGCUAAUGGUGUCAGUUCACUUUGGUGCCCCUAUGAAAUGAAAGUUCCUUCGUGCAUGGGCAAUCUGAGGUUUGCUUAUGCCAUGCUGGCGUGUAACCAUACCUGCCGUUCCCUCUCGGGCACUGAUCCGACCUGUGAGGUGGUGGAUGACCCUGUGGAGGGGUGUGGAUGCACAUCAGAUACUCACUUGAGCAACCAACAGACCUGCAGCCCUCGCCCGCUGUGCAGCUGCCACCACCCAGGAGGCGACACACCUCCAGGUCCUGUGGUUAUCGGUGGACGCCAAUGCUCGUGUGAAAAUGGACAACUUAAUUGUCCUAAAAGUGAGGAUAACAGCUGUAUCAGUGGUUGUUAUUGUCCAGAUGGCCUUUUUGAAGAUCAUAACGGUGGUUGUGUGGCUCAUGAAAACUGCACCUGUGAAUUCAGCGGGAGGGUGUAUGAAACUGGGCAGCGCGUGGAGACCAACUGUAAAAUAUGCACAUGUAGAGGUGGUGAAUGGUCUUGUAUAGAUGAGGCAUGUUCAGGAGUAUGUGAGGUGUUCGGAAAUGGGCAGUAUCACAACUUUGACUCCAAAUGGUACAGAUUCGAUGGCCACUGUCAAUACACCCUAGUGAAGGCUGCUGGUUCAACUGGGCAGUUUGCAGUUAAAACUGAGAGUGUUCCUUGUUGUGAUGAGUCUUUGACAUGUUCCCGCGCCAUCUCAGUGGAGCUCUUAUGUGUGAGUGCAAAGAUGUGAUGCGAAAUCAAAGCUG